AUACCAGCGCCAACCCACAUAAGCCGAAAUAGAAACUUCGUCGCCUCAUCGCGUUGUGCGACACACGAUUUCAGUAGCAAAUCAGCCAGCCAAGCCCGAAGCUCACUAGAGUCGCUCUCGUCUGGAUUUAAAUUUAUAAAAUUUAAAAGUUCUUGUUCUAAAGAAAGCAACAUGACCAUCAAGUCGAUCAAAGCACGUCAAAUCUACGACUCUCGUGGUAACCCCACCGUCGAGGUCGAUUUGACCACUGACUUGGGCCUGUUCCGGGCAGCCGUUCCCUCUGGUGCCUCGACUGGCGUGCAUGAGGCUCUGGAGCUGCGCGAUAACGACAAGGCCAACUACCAUGGCAAGUCUGUGCUGCAGGCUGUCGGCCAUGUGAACAACACUCUUGGCCCUGAGCUGAUCAAGGCCAAUCUGGAUGUGACCGAUCAGGCUGCCAUUGAUAAUUUCAUGAUCAAGCUCGAUGGUACCGAGAACAAGAACAAGUUUGGUGCCAACGCCAUUUUGGGUGUCUCUUUGGCCGUGGCCAAGGCUGGUGCUGCCAAGAAGAACGUGCCCCUGUACAGGCAUCUUGCUGAUUUGGCUGGCAACAAGGAAAUUAUCUUGCCUGUGCCUGCCUUCAACGUCAUCAAUGGCGGUAGCCAUGCUGGCAACAAGCUGGCCAUGCAGGAGUUCAUGAUCCUGCCAACUGGCGCCACCAGCUUCACUGAGGCCAUGAAAAUGGGCUCUGAGGUGUACCAUCACUUGAAGAAUGUUAUUAAGGCCAAGUUCGGCUUGGAUGCUACCGCAGUGGGCGAUGAGGGUGGUUUCGCACCCAACAUUCAGUCCAACAAGGAGGCUCUGUGCCUCAUCAACGACGCCAUCGCCAAGGCUGGCUACACUGGCAAGAUCGAGAUCGGCAUGGACGUUGCCGCCUCUGAAUUCUUCAGGGAUGGACUCUACGAUUUGGACUUCAAGAAUCCCCAGAGUGAUAAGGCACAGUGGCUGUCGCCCGAAAAAUUGGCUAACUUGUAUCAGGAGUUCAUUAAGGACUUCCCCAUUGUGUCCAUUGAGGAUCCCUUCGAUCAGGAUCAUUGGGAUGCCUGGACCAAUUUGACUGCCAACACCAAAAUUCAGAUUGUCGGUGAUGAUUUGACUGUCACAAACCCUAAGCGCAUUGCCACUGCUGUCGAGAAGAAAGCCUGCAACUGUCUGCUGCUUAAGGUCAACCAGAUCGGUACAGUGACGGAAUCCAUUCAAGCUCAUUUGCUGGCCAAGAAGAAUGGCUGGGGCACCAUGGUGUCUCAUCGUUCAGGUGAAACCGAGGACUCUUUCAUCGGUGACCUGGUUGUUGGUCUUUCCACCGGUCAGAUCAAAACUGGUGCUCCAUGCCGCUCGGAGCGUCUAGCCAAGUACAACCAAAUACUGCGUAUUGAGGAGGAGAUUGGCCAGGGCGUUAAGUUCGCUGGCAAGAACUUCAGGAAACCACAGUAAAUCUCGCUUCUUAUAAAUUCCAAUAAAA